AUGGCUACGGCCACAGUCACGUCCUCGUUAUCUAUACGUUUGGGAAAUGUUUGGCAGGCCCUUGCUCUUCGAAGCGAUGUGGAGGAUAUCAUCAAGGAACUACUCGGCCAUUUUUCGCUGGAGAAGAUAUAUUCGGACGGUAAUAAAGAAUCCUAUCAAGCCCUCGUGACAACGUUACUCUCCCAACUGAAUGCCAUUUUCUACAUCCAACGGCUAUCGUUGCCUACCGAGAAAACACACACCGGAUCGUACCUUGGGUUUUUGGUGAGUUGGGAGACAAGUUUGCGAUGUGUGGAAUUUGUCAUACAAAUUGUUGAGGAUGGCCGAGAGAGCUUGUGGGAAAUUCGUCGACUCAGGGAUUAUUAUCUUGCAGAAUUUCUUCUAUUAUCUCUUCGAUUUCUCUCACUGCAUCCAAAAGCACCAACAGGCCAGCGGACCAAAGAUCGUCGAGAGCGGUUUUCGCGAAUACAUAGGUCGCUUGAACGUGUUUAUGAUAGCUACCCGGGUCCGAAAUCAUUUCUUUUGCAGGUUUGCAAGGAGGUAACAGGCUCUCUCCGCAGCGAUCCAGAUUCACUAGCUCUACCUUCAAGAUUGAAAAAUAAACUACCGAACUUGGGAGCAGAAAUGUAUCCGCUUGCGCACUGCCUCCUGUCCGAGUCGGUCUCUACCAUCGUACCAAAGGACGGAUCAUCUGAUGACUGGUUAUGUCAGUUUAUGGCCCUGCGGGAUGUCACACUGUUUGUGGUUGGGACGAAUGUCCAAUAUGCAGUGAAUACAGGGACAAGAAAUCCACACCUCCAGGCAAUGUCUUCGGAAACUCGGAAUGCGGUCUUAGCUGCUCUAGACCAUGUCAAGUUACCGCAUCACCUUUCUAAAGCGGACUUAAUUGCAUCCUUCAGCGACGGCUUUCGAGUUGUGCUUCCAAAUACGCCCAAUGUUACAACUCAGACUUCCUCUGAAUCUGAUGAUGUUGAUGAAAAUGUAGCUGACGCACUGGAUGCUUUCUGCCAACACCUGGGUUGCCGCCAGUUAAUUAGCCGUGUGAGUGAUAGGGAAGUGAUUCACAGUAUAACCGAAAUCACUCGGAAUAUAGCAUUGCUCGAUGAUCCUAGUGCUCAAUUCAGAGCAUCCCGCCCCCGGUUGUAUGUUCUAAAUUGUCGAGGGUGUCACUUUGCAGGAUAUUCCCAGCUGAGAUAUUUGGAUAAUAUUAAUCUUCCACUUGAUUCCAGUGAAGUACCAGAAGUUUCUCUUCCACCAGGGACGAACUGUCGGCAAUGUGGUGACGUUGUGACAAUGGCCCGAGAAAUCCAACUUGCGCGGCAUACUUGGAAUCUUCUUUCCCACAUCGAAUCAAAUGCUGACACAAUCAACGUCGAGAGACACCUUCCGACGCAAUUCCAAUUACCACCUCCUAAAGUUGAAGCUGGCGGUUCGUUCCCAUCAUAUAGUAACGUAACAACCCCAGUGAGCCCGAGAACACAAGAAACCGACUCAUCCCUUUUCACUCGAACUAUAUUUUCGACCUCCGACCCCUCCAGUGCAACUCCUCAAUCACCUUCAUCCCAAUUCACACACCUAAUUCGACACAGAUUUGAUAACCCUCGUACCGAAUUUUCACCCAUGGACAGUUUAACCGCUAUUAACGAAACGGAAGACAAUGUAUUGGAGCCAGGAACCAUCGUUGAGUCGCGUGCCUCCAACGGUUCUCACGAUCUCUCGGCCCAGGCAGCAAGCCUACCUGGAAUUGAGAAGACCGCAAUCACUGCCACUUCCGAGUCUACCCUCCUCGUGCGAUCACGGACGUUGCAAUCCCCUACAUCAGCGGACAAAGGGAAAAUGGGCUGGAGAAAACUCACUGGUACAAAAAAGGAAUCCAUCUCAGCAUCCGGAGACACUAGUUCCCUUUCGUCAUCCUUUCUAGAAUCACAGAAACUGGAUGAAAUUCCUUUGAAAGGUUUAGUCAACUCGAUGAAAAGCGUAAAAGGAAGAUUUGCAAAAAAUAUCAACGUUUAUCUUUCACAAAAUUCGACUUUCGCACUCUUUUGGACCCAUACCACGAUACAUGUGUGGGAUGUUGGAACCUCUCCGCCAACCAUGAAACGCGCAUUUUCGAUAGAUAGUACGUGCCUUCUUGCAGCAGUUACGAAAAUGUACUUAGCGUACGUUAUUGGCACUCGUGAUAAUAAACUAACGCUACGGAUAAUAAACCUUAUUGAUGAGUCGGUCCCAGUUGUUGAGUACCGCAUGUCAUCAACGCUCUGGUGCAAAUGCAUAACAGUUUGCCCAAUGGAAAAUUACGUCGUGAUUGGAUUUGAGAACUCAAUUGUCCGGUUCUUUAAGACCACAAAUUCGGAACCUCCUCGAGAAGACCGGCUCCAUAGCCUGUUCCACAGAGUUUGUACAAAUUGUACAUUAGACACGCUUUCUUUCUCAAGAGACGGACUUGUUCUUCUUGCCAGCACCCGGAAUCCAAAGGGGGUAAUCCAGGUAUUCCAAUGGAAAUUUCCUUUCGUGGUGUUCCACGAACUACCGGCUUGUAGAUACUACGUCCCGCUGCACGAGUCGGAAGAUAAUGGAGUAUCAGCAACUUUAUUUCGAUCUUCGCGUCGGGGUGACGAACUCGUCUGUAUCACGACGUGGACGCAAUCUGGAGUACCCAUCCUCGCACAUCCCAAGGAAGGAAAUAAAACAGAUGUCAAGACAGAGAAUGCCGGCCGCCACGGGAGACUAGGUAAUAGGAUUCAAUGCGCUUCUUUCUCCCCUUCUGGCGCUGAGCUCGCGAUGGUAAAUGACCGGGGUUAUCUUUAUCAAAUAUCAAAUCUGGACUCAAGUCCUAUGGAUGUUAAAAGACUGGCCACAUCUAAGGAACUCACGACCAAAUCAGAUUCAUUUGCAAUGUCGUACAUGACAACCACUGAUGAAGAUACCAUUAUCAUGGCUUGGGUUGAUGCAGCAACAGGAGUAGCAAAUAUCAAAAGAGUGCCAGUAGCAGCCCAGGGGGAUAUUACCAUGUCAGCACCACUUAUGCCACAACAACCUCCGUCCCCGAAGUACGAGUUACCAGAAAGCAGCAGGGACCCGCCGCGUGUGCAUGAGCUACCGCGAGAGGCGGAGCCUGCGCCGGUGAAAAGAAAUUCAAAGCCAGCAGUAGAACUACCUACUGAUCCGCCGAGAUUUUUAAGUCGAUUUCGAGGGAUAACCAGAUGA